AUGAAAGGAUUGAUUUUAGUCGGAGGUUAUGGUACUAGAUUGAGACCAUUGACUUUAACUUUACCAAAACCAUUGGUUGAAUUUGGUAACAGACCCAUGAUUUUGCAUCAAAUUGAAGCUUUGGCUGCUGCUGGUGUCACUGAUAUCGUUCUUGCUGUCAACUACAGACCAGAAGUUAUGGUUUCCACUUUAAAGAAAUACGAAGAAGAAUACGGUGUAUCAAUCACCUUUAGUGUUGAAGAAGAACCUUUGGGAACUGCUGGUCCAUUGAAGUUGGCUGAAAAAGUCUUGAAAAAGGACAAUUCUCCAUUCUUUGUUUUAAACAGUGAUGUCAUUUGUGAAUACCCAUUCAAGGAGUUAGCUGAUUUCCACAAAGCUCAUGGUGCUGCAGGUACUAUUGUUGCUACUAAAGUUGAUGAACCAAGUAAAUAUGGUGUUAUUGUUCACGACAGAGACACACCAAACUUGAUUGACAGAUUCGUUGAAAAACCAGUUGAAUUUGUUGGUAACAGAAUUAAUGCCGGUUUGUACAUUUUAAACCCAUCAGUCAUUGAUUUGAUUGACAUGAAACCAACUUCAAUUGAAAAGGAAACUUUCCCAAUCUUGGUUGAACAGAAACAAUUAUACUCCUUUGAUUUAGAAGGCUUUUGGAUGGAUGUUGGUCAACCAAAGGAUUUCCUUAGUGGUACUUGCUUAUACUUGACUUCAUUAUCCAAAAAACACCCAGAAAGAUUAUCCAAUGAGAAAUUUGUAAAUGGUGGUAAUGUUUUGAUUGACCCAACUGCCAAAAUCCACCCAAGUGCAUUGAUUGGACCCAACGUUGUCAUUGGUCCAAAUGUCGUUGUUGGUGAAGGUGCCAGAAUCAAGAGAUCAGUACUUUUGGCCAAUUCCUCUGUCAAUGACCAUGCUUGGGUUAACUCCACCAUUGUUGGAUGGAACUCGAGAAUCGGAAAAUGGGCUAGAACUGAUGGUGUCACUGUUUUGGGUGAUGAUGUUGAAGUUAAGAAUGAAAUUUACGUCAAUGGUGCUAAAGUUUUACCACACAAAUCUAUUUCAGCCAAUGUUGAACAAGAAUCUAUUAUUAUGUAG